CCACAUGGGGCUCACUAUCCGAGUUUGACCUUCAGCUACGCAACUUGGUUUUUGGGUUGUUUUCCUUGCAUUCUUUUGCAAGUACAAUCCUUCGGGUGAUGUCAGAAGACAUUGGGCAUCUUUGGAGUACUCACUGAUGGAUGAAAAGAAUUGCUCCAAUCUUCACAUAUGUCAAGCUGUUGAUAAUCAGUCGAAUAAGUGUUUAACAGAAAAACUUGCCCUAUUAUAUCCAUCCUCUGAUAUUCUAAAUCAAUCAACAAUAAAUCAUAAUCAAAUUCAAACUGUCCAAUCAAAAAUCAAAUCAGAAAUCAAUAUAAAUAAUCAAUUAUCUGAAAGUUUUACCAAAGAAAAAGAAGACGACAAAGACGACGAUAAAUUUAUUGCUGAAAUUGAAUUGAUCAGUUUAAUUGGUCAACGUGAAUCACUUCCACGUUAUCGUCUUCGAGUGGAUCCGUGUACUGCUUUCAUAGGUUAUAAAAAUAAAGACUUUAAGUCAGCAGCUAGACGAGUUACGCGUCAUUUAUCUAGCAAACAUUCCACUUUGCCUAAAUCAAUAACUGAAUUGACCACAGUCAAUUCAGAAUUAAGUGAUAAUUUCAAUAGUAAUAAUAAUUAUAAUAAGACAGUUGAAUAUCAAUCAGAAGAAGAUUAUUCUGAAGAGGCAGAAGACGAAGAAGAGGACGAAUCGCUUGGCUUAACAGAAGAACAGAUUGAAAAUACUCUAGAUUACUUUAUUCUUUGUGGCCUUAGAGUUAGUCAAAUGACUAAAACCUAUGAAGACUUGGAUGCAAUUACACAAUUGUUAGAAGAGAAACAAACAGAUCUUGAAUUGGCUGCAAAAAUUGGCAAAAAUCUAUUGGAAAGAAAUCGUGACCUUCAAUCCAGACUGAUUGAAACAGAGAAAAAUUUAUGUGCACGUGAUGAAGUGAUAAGUCAACUGAAUCAUAAUCUCAGUGUGAAAGACAGUUUACUACGGAUAUUUUUAAGGGAUUCUGAUCAACUUGAAGAUGGUAAUGAUGACCAGACAAGUACAAAAUCCAGUGGACAUGUAUCACCUAUGCGUAGUCAAGGUUUAUCUACUGGAGGUGAUGGACUCUCCCUGUCUUCAGUCAACUUUUCCCAGUUGAACAGGAAACUCCAAGAUUUAGAAGAAGAGAAUAAUAUACUGCGUCAAGAGCGUAAUCGUCUAUCAGAUACUGCAGAUCAAUUGGAUGAGCAUGAAACUGCUUUAGUUCGAGACUGUGCACGCCAGUUGAUUGCUGCCAAUAUGCAUAUACGUACAUUAUCAGAUGAAUUGGCUAAAAAAUCCGAUGCUUAUAUUAAUCAACAAUCUGAGGUGACACGUCUACUAACACGAGGAUUGGAUUUAGAAAGUCGAGUUAAACAAUUGACAGCAGAAAAUGAGAUGUUAGUCAAUCGUCUGAAAGAAGCACAAAUAUCACAAUCAUUAUUGACAAGUGAAUUGAAGACUUCACGUGACAAAUACGAUGAAUGCUUAACGCUGUAUAAUGAAGCAAGAUCGGAGAUUCGUGCCCUACGGAAACGUUCUCGUCGUAGCUAUUUUCGUCCUGGUUCCCUAAUAUCUAACACAUCUAUCAUGAAUAGUCCAACUUGGCAUCAUACACCAUCAUUGUCAUCGAAUUAUUUAAGUGGAAUUGCUAUAACACCUACUCAAUCCGAUCCAGAUCCUACAUCCUGUUAUAAUCCUUCAUCAUCUCAUCAAGAAAUUAGUGAUGAUGAUGAUGGCAGUUCAUCUUCACUGGAUAUGCUGGCCGCACAACAUCCUGGUUCAGGUAAUUUAGAAACUACACUGGCUGCAGAUUUAGCGCAUACAAAAAUGAAAGAAUAUGCUGCUGAUAAUGUAAAACAUUUAUUUCGUGCUAUGGAACAAGUUCGAUCCACGCGUACACCGAGUAGUAGUCAGCCAACUUCAUCAAUUGAUAAUAAUCAUAAUAUACUGCUACCGGAAUCUGGACAGGAAGAUACAGUUUCCAGUAGUGGUUUUGUCAGUGGAUCAGAACCAUCAGAAAAUCUUCGUAAACAUAGAUCCGGUGGAAGUGAACAAGUUUCUGAUUCUGGAAGUCCUUAUGCAGGCAGACUACUGGCUAAUCAAAAUAAUAGUCCUAUCCACUCACUGGAUGUUGGACGAAGACCGGGUUCAGGAGGUUAUCAACAACAACAACAUCAGUAUUAUCAAAACAGAUCAAAUCAGGAGCAUUUAUUGGAAUCUGAGAAACGACAUAGUUGGUUAGGCUGCUGUGAUAUCUCAUCCAAUGUCUCUGAGAAAGGAUAUCUUUCAAGUCAUGAUUAUAAUAUAAAGUAUAAAAAUAGUUUUGAUGAUAGCCUACUAUCCUGUGAUCCAGAUGUAGUGGGAACUAAUCAGUUAUACUAUAAAUUACCUCAACGCUUAAAACUUAUAAAACCAUUGGAUGGUUCCAAUGUUUUACAACAUUGGCAGAAUUUAGCUACGCCAAGUUUUACUCGAGCAUUGUUUGACGCACCACUACCUGGAGUUCAAAGUCGUGCUGGUGUACCGAAUACACCAAGCAACAGUGCAAGUAAUACAAAAAUCACUGAUGAUAAUAUUGAUGAUAAACAACGUUCUAUGUCAUUUCAACCAUUACCGCUUAAUUCAAUCAAUUCUAAAUAUGAUGGUUUAACGACAUAUUCAACUUUUAAUUCACCACAGACGCAAACAAAUGUCAAGUUUCCAUGUGAUUCGUUGGAGGAACGCAAUAAAAUAUCUCAAUUUGGAUCGAAUUCAUCAACAUGUCUGUUAAAUAAUCGCAUAAGAGCACGUUCAUUGGAUCAUUUGAUCAUGGGAUCACCGUCUGGCACCGGUGGGGGUGGUGGUGGCUCAUCGUAUUGCAAAGAUAAAAUUAAUGAGUCCGUACAAUUCUCUCGAGCUUUUAAUCAUAUCCGAUUAGAUGACUCAUCAAUGACAAUGUCACCAUCAACCGCAUCUUUUCGUACACCAUUCUCUUUAACUUCAUUAGUUUCUGCUAUUCUACCGUUUAGUGUUUCACCUCAAUCAGAUGAUAAGUCAUCAUCGUCAGUUAGUAAACCACCAGUCGCAUCGACAACGUCAUCAAACACCACUGAACCAAUACGUCUACGACCAAAGUGUCCAUUAGCUGCUACUGGUCUACAAGGCUUAUUAGAUAUGCAUAAAGAAGAUUCUGAUACCUCUAAAACACUACUUCAUCGGACUUCAUCAUCAUCAUCAGCGUCAUCGAAGUCAACUCCAGGCAAUCAAACCACGUCGUCGUCAUCCGCAGGUUCAAAUACACCAAAUCCACAACCACCGACAUUAAUUUGUCCCAACAUUGUAAAUCGUCCUACUCAAUAUACACGUCCAUCACGUGGCAGUAAUUUAACAGAGAUUACUGAAGAGUCUGGCUCACCUCCGAAAUCUCAGGAGUCAUUAUCACAACAACUACAGCAACAACAAGAAACACAACAGAUUCAUGAAUCACAAGAGUAGUUUUGUAGCGUUCUUUUUUUUGCAUCGAUGACCAACUAUCAACUAUCACAACCGUGUGCCUGUGUGUUCUUUUUUUUUAUCACAGUUUACUACAGUCUUUCAUUAAGAAUUCCUUGUUCCAGUUGGUUCCUUUUUUGUGUUUGGCCUUGCACACAACACAUUCAUCUAUCUAUCCAUGUAUCCGUUGAUGAAUAAAACAUGGAAGAAACUAGUGGAAUAUUUUGUUAGUUAGAGAUCAUGUAUAGUGGUUUGUUAGUCACUCUCUUUCUGUUUAUCAUUCCUGUCGUUAAUACGUACAUGCAUAGAUACAUACAUACUUCUUCUUGUAUUUUGUGCACAUCUGUGAAUACUAUUAGUUGGGUGGUAGUGGUAGUAGUGACCUCCGCCCCCUCUUUGAUGAUUGUUAUUUAUUUAUUUUGUUUAGCUUUCGUUAUCAAAGCCCAUCAUCAUGUUGUGUUAUACACUGACUCACAUUAUUGGGCUUGACGUGUGUUUGUGUAUGUUUGUGUUUAUGUGUAUACAUACCCUCCCCCUCCUCGCCAUUGCAUAAAACUGAGUUGAUGAUUCCCAAAUUUCUAUUGUUUCAUCACUUCGAUUAUUAUUUUUAUGUUUAUUCUUUCUUACUACUAAUAGUAGUAUAGAAAUAGUUACUGCAUUUGUGUACUUACUAUUCAAUCGUCAAGCUACUACUACAUGCUUACAGUUCAUGUUGUAUAAUUCUCUUCUUGUUUUUCUUCCUCUUCAAAUUUUACUACUGAAACAAACAGUCAGAUAAACUCACUUUUACCACUCGGAUCAUCCUUUUUUGUAGUAAUAUUUGUAACAAUAAUAAUAGCGUGUACAACACCAGUGCAUCAACAAUAAUAAUGAUGAUAAUGACUUUGAGAUAGUUAUGUUGAACCAUCAUUGUUUGCUUGCUUGUUUUUUAAGAGAAAUUAUUUAGCUCUGCAAAGAUUGAUUCUGCUAGCUAUAUCGUUUCUUUGUUUUUCCGUAAAGUUCUUCUUGUUCAUCAGAAUCAUUAUUCUCAUCAUUAAAUAUAUUCGCCAGUAACAGUAAGAGUUGCUUACCUGCUGCUUGCCUCGUUUACUUUACUACCUUAUUACCUGUUUAAGUUAAGUUGACUUUGUUGUGCGCUGUAUUUAUGCGUGUGUCUGACUGACUGACUGAGUGAGCGGGUAGGCGUCUGUUUGUUGUAUAAUUUUCUCUCUCUUUGUGUUAUAUAACCAUCAUCAUUAAUAAACCCAG